AUGAGACGGUCGGCUUUUCUUCUUCUUCUUCCUCUUCUUCUUCCCCUCGUCACUUCUGAUGACGUGGCGUCGACGUCUUCGACACGCGCCACUUCAGAAUCCAAAUCUGAACCGAGUACUCUUGUGGAGCAGGAGCAUCCGCCUAAAGGACAAAUAAUCGCGCACGACGUGACGGGAGAAGCGAUUCCGCCGGCGAUGAAGGCGAUUUCGAAGGCGUCGGGAGCGGAGCCGUCGCUCGGAUUGCACGGAAUCACCGAGCAACAGCUCAACCUUCGCUACUACAACUUCAUCUGCUCCACUCAUUUCCAUCUGGAUUGCAAGGUAAUGUAUCUCGGCCGUGUGUAGAGAUAUCACAAAGUUGUCAACUGAUAAAAUGUGCACCAUUUUAUGCUGAACAUUUUAUUAGUUGACAACUUUGCCAUAUCUCCAACGGCAGCUGAGAUAAAUCGUUUUUCAACUUUAACAUUAUUCCAGAUCACCGAAACUCUGCAAAUCUGCAUGAAGGAUCGGUACGUGGCGGUGCUCGGUCUUCCGUUGGCGUUCGAGUCCGGCUCGCCGGACCUGCUCACGCUGGGAAAGUGGAUGAGACAGUGCGAUCGAAACGAUCAGGACAUGAAUCAGGACGCGAUGCGCAUCAUCCGAAAGCGCAUUCAUUUGCAGAACGAGAACAACUGGGAGGGAGUGUUCCGCGCGGCUCGGUCUGCGGCUCCGAUGCUCCUCGCCGUCUCUGUGAUCACCGUCAACUUCUUGAUUUUUUAA